CCCUCAACUCACCCAGUGUACCCAGUUGCUAUGGUAACAGAGGACACUGAUUUCCAUGGUAACCACCCUAGAGACCACACCCACCAGACGCUGGGCAGGGAGGUCGAUAGUAGGCCACACCCUCCCUCAGUCUAGUGAGUGAGUCCCUCAAUUCCCUCUCUAUUAGAGCCUGUAGCAAGGUAUGAUGUGUGUCUGAUCUGCUGUGGGGGGAAGGGGUGUCUCACGUGAUCUCUGAGCGCGGAAUGUCCCGUGACCACACGCCAGAGACUGCGGUUAGAGCUGCUCGCGUCAGAGACG